UUGGAGGCGGCGCUUCAAACGCCAGUCCGGAACCGCUCCUGCUGGAGUCUACGGCCGCUCGUCUGAUCGUCUGACAUGGGAAACCAUAAUGAGAGAGCUGGCUUUCUUAUGAGGAAGUGACAUGAUAACAUAACGGCGCCUCGACCAAAUAAUUUCCCUGUUUGUUCCGUCACUGGACUGCAAUGCCGCCACAGCGAGUGUUCACCCUGCCGAGGCAGCAAUCCCUGCUGCUGCCUGCAGUCAUCAACCCGUUUGUUCAAGACACCAAACUGCCCAAAGCUGCUAUAAUCAAAUGUGUACUCCUGGGAAUCUUCCUGGUCCCAGUUCGAGCCAUCCUUAUCUCCCUGGUUCUCAUGGUGACAUGGCCAGUGUCGGUUAUAAUAACCUUUAGGUAUCCCCUGAAAGGAGCUGUGGAGCCGAUGAGAGGAUGGAGACGGUUCAUGUGUCGGAAUGUGAUGGCUGCUUUGGGGAGGGCGUACUUCUUCUGCAUGGGCUUCAGAGUGGUGGUCAAGGGCAAGCAGGUCAGCAGCAGUGAGGCCCCCAUCUUGGCUGUAGCCCCCCACUCCACCUUUUUUGAUGGGAUUGUGUGCAUUGUUGCUGGUCUGCCCUCCACCGUGUCUCGUGUUGAGAACCUGGCUACACCCAUCUUUGGCAGGUUUGUGCGCUGUCUUCAGCCUGUGCUGGUGUCCAGGAAGGACCCAGACUCCAGGAAGAAUACAAUCCAAGAGAUUGACAGCAGGGCCAAGUCAGGGGGCAGCUGGCCACAGGUGUUGAUAUUUCCAGAGGGAACGUGCACAAACCGUUCAUGUCUUAUCACUUUCAAACAAGGUGCCUUUAUCCCAGGGGUCCCAGUACAGCCAGUGCUUAUGAGAUAUCCCAAUAAACUGGACACAGUGUCUUGGACUUGGCAGGGCUUCAGCUCGAGGACACUGCUGCUUUUGACUCUGAGCCAGCUGUACACCACUGUAGAGAUAGAGUUCUUGCCGGCACAUGUCCCCACGGAGGAGGAGAAGAAAACCCCUGCUUUGUUUGCAAGAAGAGUGCGAGACACCAUGGCCCAAGCUUUAGGGGUUCCAGUGACAGAUCACACAUAUGAGGACUGCCGCCUGAUGAUUUCAGCUGGGGAGCUGAUGCUGCCCAUGGAGGCUGGCCUGGUGGAGUUCACCAAAAUAAGCCGUAAACUCGAUCUGAAGUGGGACAACGUGAGGAAGGAGCUGGAGGGCUUUGCAGCCAUGGCCAACUCUUGUAAAGGAGGAAGGAUCACCAUCGAGGAGUUUGCUAGUUUCUUGAAGCUACCCAUCAGCUCCACACUCGAGGAGCUCUUUGCACUGUUUGACAGAAACGGAGAUGGUACCAUAGACUUCAGAGAGUAUGUCAUUGGCGUGACUAUCCUAUGUCGACCAGCAAACACUGAAGAGGUUCUUCGAAUGGCAUUCAGGCUGUUUGAUCAAGAUGAGGAUGAGAAGAUAACUCGAGAGGAGUUUACUGCCCUGCUGCGCUCAGCUCUGGGUGUGUCAGAUCUAAACAUGGCUAAGCUCUUCAAGGAAAUCGAUGCGGAUGGCUCUGGUUUCAUCACCUUCAAUGAAUUUCAAGCUUUUGCCAUGACCCACCCGGAGUACGCUAAACUCUUCACCACCUAUCUGGAGCUUCAGAGAUACCAGGCAAUCCAGGAGGCGUGUCCAGGCGAUCUCCAACUGUCUGGGCAGGUCGGUUCAGAGGAAAGCCAGGAAGACAGCACCUCUGAUAAAAAAGAUGACUGAGAAUGAGAAUGGCUGUGAACUCUCCCUGACUUCAUAAGAGACUGGACUCUGUAUCUGAGAAGGGAAAUGCACCAGUGUCAUUUAUCCUCCAACAAAUUUCAGCAAAAUAAAGUCACUCGCUACAGCAGAGCCAUAUUAUAGGUCAUGCGCUUGCCUUUUUAUAGAUGGUUUUUAGAGUGCUGCCAUUCAAUUUUAGUGCCUUACAGAGAUUUUAAAGAACAUGUCCUAAGCUACUGCGCAAGACAUGCAGAUUUUCAUCCUUAAAUCCUUUUGAUUAUAUGUGUGUGUUUUGAUGUUUUCAAAGAAAGAAAAAGCUAAUCAUAUGAUAAAAAUGUCAGGACUCAUGUAGGCACUCAGUGUUUCAACUGUAUAAACCCUGCAGUGUUUAGAUUUCUAUUGUUAGUGGCAGUGUAUUGUGAUACAUUUGAAUAUUUCUCCAUAUUAUUGUAAACUGCCUUGCUAUGUUUCUGCCUUGAUCCAUCUUCCUCUGUGCCCUGAGCUUACCCUUGCUUGGACUGAGAUGAACGUAGCUGUUGUAUAUCCCUCUUUGUCUUUGUGACCCUCUGUAAAUGAGUGAAAAAUAGUUUACCGAACCAACACCUUCUUCAAUAUAAGCAAACAGUACUUGUGCUUUUGUGUUGCUGUAUAAUUAGUCUACAGUAAACUUUAUUAAGAUCUUUCCAAUUUGGCAACCCACAGAUGUUCUGUUUUAAAACUGCGUCUACGAAGAGCAUACAUGCUGUGCAUUACGCUUUUUCCAGCGCUCAGGGACUAAGACCUUGUAAGACGGCUGUAUAAUUAGCCAGAGGUUUGCUUUGCAUGUGUAUCUAUUUGCAUUUCUACUGAAGACUGUUGUUGCUGAGACAGCAGAGUGUCUGCACAGUUUUAAGUUUACUAAAGCAAAUGAACCACUGAAAAUAGGGCAAUUUGUGAGCAAAAAGCCAACAGUGCUGCUUCACAACAGUAUAUUCCAGCGGGGUAUGCUUUCAGAUUAACUAGCAGCGCUGUUAUUAUUUUACAAUGUGCAUUGCAAUUAUGUGAUUUUUUUUCUUUUUGUUAACACUGCAAAAUUUGCUUUGUAAAAUAAAACAAGAACACAA